AUGCACUGUGUGAUGAAGAGAACAGAUGAAAAGAUGCAGAGCCUGCCUGACCUGAGCUUUAACACCUCCGCUGCAGCACAAAGGUCUGCCUCACACUCACAGAACGUCCCUCAGAAAACGGCUCCUUUUAAGUCUGUGGGGGAAACUCAAAGACGUUUAAGAUCUGCUUCUUCUACGGGCUCAAAGCAGAACACGCCCGAGGCACUCUGCCACAGAAGUGCUGCAAUAUCUGAAGUCUCAAACAGAUCAUCGAAAAAUGGCUGCCCAGGAAAUCACAGCCCCUCUUUGAGAAAUGACCCUCUGCUUUCUUUAAGGAAACAAGCAACAUACACAGACCGGGCAUCAUCCCCCAUUCGCACUGUGGGAACAAGAUUACAUUUGAAGCCGAAGGGAAAGCAAUCAACACUCAAUAAACCCCCUAGUUCUGAGAAAGACCUCAGUGUGUCUUCUAGCAAACAAUCAGCUUGCACAACUGUUUCAGAGGACGAUCAAAUGCGCAGACAGGAUUGCGACGUUUCCUCCUUCACAUCAGAAUGUGUAUCACUUGAGAAGGUGAGUGAAAUGAGCUGCUUAAGCCCUAAAGGCUCAGAUUUAAGUGGCAUUUCAUCACAGGGUAGAUAUACAGACACUGACAGGAGAGAUGUUUCCGUUGAAGACUCCAAAUGGCAGAUGAGAUCUCAGCAGUCAAGGACUUCUUCAUUAACAAAAGACUCAGCAAUGCAGAACAACAUCUCUCCCAUAUUAAGACCCACUGAUGUGCACAAACAAGCUAAAGCCACACAUGGAAAAACAUCCAGAGCUGUGGUCGACUCUUUGGAUUUUUGUGUUGAUUCCUACAACCUAUCGCAGGUCAGAAACAGGACUGUUGAACUUCAGGAUGAUGUGUUGUCACUGGCACCGAGCGAGUGCAACACUGACAUCCUAGUAAACAUCAAACCCGUCAUGAAUCUGUCCGUGCCUCAUCACCUCCAGAUAGCCCCAGAGGACCUGCCCAUGCACAACAAGUUCACCAACUGGUCCGGGAUCAACCUUCAAUCCAAACAACCCAACAAACCUGCCACAUUUCCUACCAAAGAGCAUGAAAGGAGCAGAAACUGCGGUGAGUGGGGCGAGAUGGAGAGCUACGGCUCAAAUGAAGAGUCCACGGCGCAAAGCGACAGAAGGACGAGAGAGAUAGAGAGGCUGAGGCAGGAGAGGGAGCAGGUGAUGGCGACCGUCAGCCUCAACAUGAACCAGACCCCGCUGACUGUGGAGCUGACGGAGGCGAAGCUGCACUACGGCCUCGGAGAGACGGACACCAUGUUAAAGAUGCUCUCCCCGAGGAGCAGAGGAGAGCAGGAGACACCGGCCUCUGCAACCUCCAAACAGCAGCUGUAUGAUCGACACCGCAGGAGUAUUGAGGGUUUGAGGCAGGACAGGGAGGAACGUCUCCAGACUUCCCGCAGAGCUCGCAGUCUGAGUCCCAGCAAACAUCCACGCUCCUCCCCACCAGAUGCUGCCUCCUCCUCCAAGGUGUCUGCAGCCAUGCCCAGUCAGCGUAGAGAGUACCUGCAACAGCUCGGCCAAGAAGUUAUAGAUAGCUCCAGAAUACCAGAGCGUCCAAAAGGAGAUGGCCAGUGUCCAUCUGAUAUCGAGCAGCUGCUGCGUGACUACGGCCGAGCCCGAGAGGAAGCCAGGACAGAGAUUGCGAAGGCGAGAGAACGACUGAGAGAAAGGACAGAGCAGGAGAAGAGGAGGCUCCAGCAGCAGGCUGUUUCUCAGGAAGUCAAGGAUGACUCGAGGCAUCGGACCAGAAUCAGUAGCAGCACCCUGUGCACAGGAUCCAGCCUGAGCCUUUCCUCUGGACCAACGUCAGGGUACAACAGCGGCAACACUGCACAGCUACAGCCCGGCAACAGGCCUCUCCUGACGGGACAGAUCACAGUGGUACAGGAUGACGGGAUGAAGGUCAGGACACGUCCUCCUGUGUGUGGUCCUCAGAGUGUAAAGGCACAGAGAGCCUGGCUGUCUGCACACGAUGUUCGUCUCGAGCCUCCUGUCAGCGGGUUUGAGCCCCUCAUGACUUCAUCACCAUCCCCCCUACCUACACGUCAACGCACCGCCUCCUUUGGCUCCUCCUCUUCCAUAUCCACAACCUAUCAAGACAUCACAUCCAGUCUCCUCGGUCGAGCUCUGGCUGAGGUGCGACUGGCUUCCUCUGGAGAUUUGAGCAACCUGCUAAUGGGCAAGGCCACAGCAGGCUGGAGGCACCAGGGAGAAGAACGAGGGGUCCAGGCUUUCUACAAGCCCUCCACCAGCCCGUCUGUGCACGGUUUCCUGGGGGCGGGGGAGCUGGACAGACCCCUGCUCAGUCUGUGGAAGAUAAUCUGCCAGCUGUCCAAGAGCCACAUGUUCCAUCAGUCCGUGCGAUCUGUGUGGACACGGCCACUAGAUGACAGCACUCAGCUGGUUUAUAUUCUAACAGAUCCGUCCUCCUGUCACCUCAGUCAGCCGCGGGACUUCUGCUGCAUCAGCACUGAAUCCAAACAGGGUGGCUUGUGCGUGCUGGCAAUGCAGUCCGUGUUUGAGGAGUCUUUACCUCGUCCCAGUGUGGACGCCGUCCGAGGGGAGAUGAUGCCCAGCUGCUGGGUCCUGCAGCCCAUUACACGUAAUGGACAGGAAGCCACCAGGGUGAUCUAUCUACUACAGGUGGACCUUGGGACGCCAUCCUUUCCUCCCCGGCUGUUGAACACUGUUGCCAGGAGACAUGCAGCUGUCAUCGCCGAUCUGGACGUUUUCCUCGCUAAAUCCACAGGACUCAUGAAGACGCCUCAGCAGUGAGCACUUAGACUAAAACCGUCUCCAGCGUGGAGUUGGUCUGCCUAUUACAUUUGCACCUGAGAUUUAUUUACUUGACUUUUUUUUGGGUAAACUCUACGAGCACUGUUAUUUUGAUUCCCCGGUUACAAAAUUUGAAGCAGCUUUUUUUUUUUUAUAUGAAGGUAUUUUUAUAAAAUAUUGAAACUGUAUUUUUGUAUUUGUAAUGUACAUAAAAAGCUUGUAACAAUCAUUCUCCUAUCCGACCAGAUAGAAUAGCAGACCAAAGAAAGGACUCUGCAGGACACAUUUAGUGUGCUGCGUUUGGAUUUAGAGGCUACAAUCCUACAAAGUUAACACACCUCUUCAGUUUCAUUCAUGCGAGGAAAAAGGCUUAUUAUAAACCCGAUAUGUAUCAGCCUUUUAACCCCCUUAAUGUCUGUUUGCAAGAUGGAGUCUAUUAGACGUAGACGAGGUCAAAGCUAGCCAACCUUUAAAUUGAAGUUAAAGAGUCGGUCAACAGAUAAUCUAAGGUCACACUGAUUUGUGCAUUUGUGUUUCCACUAGUGUUUACUUUCUAUUUAUCGCUAUAAGAUAGACAAAUGCAACCAGUUUGGUUGUUGUUGUUAAAUGUGUUAUAUGCUUUGUGUCAGCAUAGAUACAUGAUGAAGGGGAUUUGUCAGAUAAGACAAUGAAAUGAAAGGUGGAAGACUGAGACGUACUUACGAGGGGAAGAGUUUGAAGGUCAGUUUAUAUCUAUAUAUGAAUGUCAACGGAAGGAAAACCACAUCCAAACACAUGAAGGAAAUAGUUGCAAACGCUGUUCAACUCUGCAUCGUUACAGGACACAUAGAUCUGUAUUUAUUUCCUCAGGCAGUGCAUAUUCAACCACUCAAAAAAUGUUCUAUUGCAGGAAAUAACAUGAAAUGUCCUUCAUCUGUUCUGCAGCAAAAGGGUUAAGGCAGAUGUAUUAUAAGGGGGGAGAAGAGGUCAGACUUUUUUGGGAGAGCAGGGAAAUGUUUUGUCACUGUUGGAUAUUUUAUAUAGGCCUCCAAAUUAAAAAAGUUCCAAUGAAAAAAUCUGCUUUUUAAAACUCCCCAUUACGUUCCUACAGUCCCUAAGAUGUGUUGGGCAGUCAGGUGGUGUAUUGAAGGAAUCUGUAGAACCUUUUUCUUGCUCUUUAUUCGUUAUAUUUAUAGUGUUUGACUGCACAUUUGAAACCGCUCGACCAAACUCACUGCAGGGAAAAUAGUCCUAAAACCGUUUUGUGCCUAAAAAGUGAGUUAGAGAAAUAUACCAAAGCUCUCUGGUUCAUUCUGUGUCCUUCAGCAAGAACACUCCAGAGAAAAGAUAAGAAAGUCCAGGACUAAAACUGACUCCAACCUCCUUGACUUUCUUUGUAGAAGCUGCAUUAAGAUAUGGACGCAGUAUGGUACCUGAAUCUGUAGAAGCUGAGCUUAAACGCCUUUUGUUUCUGAGUUCUAUUUAUUUUUGUUCCUCUUGCCUUCUGCUUGAGAAAUGCUGUUGAAUGUGUUUUAUAAUAGUGAUGGAGUUUUUAUUUUUUUAUGAGCAGAGCAUGGUGCUUGCACAAAACUCUUCAUGCAUGUAUUAACGUUACGUGUUAGAAACGUGUUUGUGUUUGUACAGAGUUAAAAGCUAUGCAGACGCUGAUCAAAGGCAGCACUGUUCUCAGUGAAAGCUGGGUCAGCCGUACCCAGAUAUGAAGCCAUAUUAUUUACAGUAGUGAAGGAUCAGGAGCGGCUUGGCAGCGCUCAGUUUGUGACUAAAGAUGUUCCCGAGGCAACCAAAGACUAAGACACAAAUACUGACGACGCGCAGUGAAGGAACAGAGGGGCGACUUUUUGUACUGAUGUUCUUGUUUGUGUGCUCAUUUCAUUUUGUAAAAAGCAUUGUUAUUUAUGUUUUAUGUUGUAAAUGUAUUUUAUUAUAAACACCCUGCUUCCUGUUGCUAAUGAGAUGAGUGUUUUGUACGAAUACAAUACAUAUUUAAAGUGAA